GGUUUGCAGGAGGAGCGUCGGCACUGAGCUGAAGGAAGGAGAGGAGAGUCGACACGUACCUGAGCGGUUAAAAGACACCAUGCUGUGGUUCCUGAGCCUGACCUGUGUCCUCUGCAUGGGAGGGAACGCUGUAGCCGGACAGAGAGAUGGAGAGAUCAUCAGUCAGAUUAAAAUGACUAACAUAGCAUUGGCUGAGAUUAAAGAGCUUCUGAAACAACAGAUUAAAGAGAUAGUAUUCCUCAAGAACACAGUAAUGGAGUGUGAAGCCUGUGGAAUGGGAGGUUUGCAGCCUCGUCCUUCGUGCGUGCCGAACCCCUGCCACCCGGGGGUGAAAUGUAUAGAAACACCCCAGGGUAUACAGUGUGGGCCCUGUCCUGAUGGCAUGGAGGGUAAUGGUACCCACUGCACUGAUGUAGACGAGUGUACUGUGAACCCUUGUCACAUGGGCGUUCGCUGCAUCAACACAUCCCCUGGUUUCCGCUGUGGUUCCUGUCCCGCUGGAUACACCGGCCCCCAGGUUCAGGGUGUCGGCCUCGCCUACGCCACCGCCAACAAACAGGUGUGCAAAGAUAUCAAUGAGUGUGAAGGUCUCAACAAUGGAGGCUGUGUGGAAAACUCUGUGUGUAUGAACAGUCUGGGCUCGUUCAGGUGUGGACCCUGUAAGACAGGCUAUGUUGGGGAUCAACGACGCGGCUGUAAGCCUGAGAGAGCCUGUGGGAAUGGCCAACCCAACCCCUGCCACGCCAGCGCUGAGUGCAUCGUCCAUCGGGAGGGAACUAUCGAGUGUCAGUGUGGAGUUGGCUGGGCUGGCAACGGCUACUUCUGUGGCCCUGACACUGACAUUGAUGGUGUCCCUGACGAGAAACUGAACUGUCCUGAUAUAAACUGUAACAAGGACAACUGUCUCACUGUGCCUAACUCUGGUCAAGAAGAUGCUGACAGUGAUGGAAUCGGAGACGCCUGCGAUGAAGAUGCAGAUGGAGACGGGAUCCUAAACACACAGGAUAACUGUGUGCUGGUGCCCAACGUGGACCAAAGGAACAUUGACGAGGACGACUUUGGUGACGCCUGCGACAAUUGUGUCGCUGUCAAAAACAACGACCAAAAAGACACAGACGUGGACAAAUUUGGUGACGAAUGUGAUGAAGAUAUUGAUGGGGAUGGAAUCCCCAAUAACUUGGAUAACUGCAAACGGGUUCCCAACACCGACCAGAAAGAUCGAGAUGGAGACAAAGUGGGAGACGCCUGCGACAGCUGUCCGUAUGUUCCCAACCCUGAACAGACAGAUGUGGACAAUGACUUGAUUGGGGACCCUUGUGACACCAACAAGGACAGUGAUGGUGACGGUCACCAAGACUCUCGGGACAACUGCCCAGCCGUCAUCAACAGCUCUCAGCUGGACACCGACAAAGACGGAAAGGGAGACGAGUGCGACGAUGACGAUGACAACGAUGGUAUCCCGGACUUGCUGCCACCUGGACCCGAUAACUGCCGUCUGAUCCCCAACCCUCUGCAGGAAGACUCUGAUGGUGACGGUGUGGGCAACGUGUGCGAGAAGGAUUUCGACAAUGACACCAUAGUUGACACCAUUGACGUUUGUCCGGAAAAUGCUGAGGUCACCCUCACCGACUUCAGGGAGUACCAGACCGUUGUUUUGGACCCAGAAGGAGAUGCACAGAUUGACCCCAACUGGGUGGUGUUGAACCAGGGAAGAGAGAUUGUCCAGACUAUGAACAGUGAUCCUGGUUUGGCUGUGGGUUACACUGCUUUCAGCGGGGUGGAUUUUGAAGGGACGUUUCACGUCAACACGGUGACAGACGACGACUAUGCUGGUUUCAUCUUCGGCUACCAGGACAGCUCUAGUUUCUACGUGGUGAUGUGGAAGCAGGUGGAGCAGAUCUACUGGCAGGCCAACCCGUUCAGAGCGGUGGCAGAGCCAGGCAUCCAACUGAAGGCAGUGAAGUCAAACACAGGACCAGGAGAAAAUCUGAGGAACGCCCUGUGGCACACUGGUGACACCAGCGACCAGGUCAAACUGCUGUGGAAAGAUGCUCGCAAUGUUGGCUGGAAGGACAAGACCUCGUACCGCUGGUUCCUCCAGCACCGGCCAGCGGACGGCUACAUCAGAGUUCGUUUCUACGAGGGUACUCAGAUGGUGGCGGACACAGGCGUCAUCAUAGACGCCACGAUGAGAGGAGGCCGACUAGGAGUGUUCUGCUUCUCCCAGGAGAACAUCAUCUGGGCGAACCUGCGUUAUCGCUGCAAUGACACUAUUCCCGAGGACUUUGAAACCUACAGAGCCCAGAACGUCCAGCUGGUGGUCUGAUGACAACAAAGAAAGCCCGAGCUAGCACACUUUCCGAAGCACAACUGGGGCUCAGAGAGGAGAGUCGUCGCCAAAUGAACGACUAACGAAAGAAUCCACAAGAUGUGUUUGAGAUUUUUUAGUUUCUGAGUGGAAACCUUAACUUCGACGAGUACCUGUUAACUCACUAUCUAUCGCCAAACCAUGUAACGUAAAGGUGAACGAGCCCGUGACCCACUGUUGAAGCUUCACUGAAGCUUCACUUUCAGAACUGAUGAUCAGUGGCGACAUUUUCACACAAAAUCACAAGAUCCAUCUUUAGAGCCAGAGACAAAGGGCUGCAAUUGCACCUCAUUGUCACAAGUGCCACAAAAUUGACAUCUUCGGGACUGUCACUUUGAGAUGCUGAAUUGGGUGAGAAUGAAACUUUCUAAUUUUUCAGGAGGGAGCGUUAAUAAAAGAUGAAAUGUUUGAAUUGUCCAGGUAAUUUUGUUUUAAAUAAUGUGUCUCUGAAAUAAAGAUCUCUGUAUGUUUACAUUGCAAUUUAUCCUUUUGAAAGAAGACUUCCUGUAAAGAUUUACAUGUCUCUAAUUAAUAAAAAGAAAUGAAUAAAUGUG